AUGACAUGCAUGUGCAUUAUGGUCAUCUGCAUACUCUACAACGUUCCACACUUUUUCGAAUUGGAGAAGGUUGACUGUAUAGCGAAUGACGGCAGCCUUGGAACACAGAUCUGCCCGACAGAUAUUCGGCUAGAUCCUGCUUACUAUGCCAUCUACUACACCUACAUGUACACUACAUUCUUGGCCAUUGGCCCAUUGACAUUGCUGAUCCUUCUUAACAUCUGCGUCGUGUUCACGGUGCUCACCAAAAGAACCCCCGAAACCGACGAUUCUGAUACCAUAAGCCUGAUCCUUGUGGUGUUUUUCUUCAUAUUUUGUAACUUUACCGCUUUACUUGUCAAUUUCAUGGAGAUAAUUCUUAAUAAUCCCAAUAUUCUUGUGUAUUUUGUGGAUUUAUCGAAUUUACUGGUUGUAAUUAACGGGACAGCGAAUUUCUUCUGCUACUUGAUAUUUGGUGCCAGCUUUCGACUAACUCUCAAGAAGAUUUUGUGCAGCUUCCGUAAGGAGAAACCAAAAAUGAUCUGGACGAUAAAUGAAGUAGAGUUGGAGCACGCCGCCGAUCUUACUAAUGUGACGUUUAUUCGAGGAGCUUGA